UUUCGGUCCUUGAACGCACCAUAAUACGUGUCUCCUUUCCCAGCUUCCUCUGCACUUCCGGCUUCAAACCGCAGAAGUGUCAGACUCAACGAAAACAAGAUGCGAUAGUUUAACUUUGUGGCUGAGCUGUGAUCUAUGACAGCGAUAUUAACGCUACACCUUUCGGACCACUUCAUGUAAAUGUUAUCUCUGAGCCCCGGACAAUAAUAACAAAGCAAGCAUGCAGUUCUCUCCCACCAACGGAGACUUCACGUUCGUCUCUUCGACAGAGGCUGAAGAGCUCAGCGGCACCAUCAGCACCCCGGACAUCAAACUGAACAUGGGCAGUGAGAGCGUCAAAGAUCCGUACGCCACCACCUUCCUGAGGCAGCGAGGCUAUGGGUGGCUGCUGGAGGUGGAGGAGGAUGACAGUGAAGAGAGCAAACCUCUUCUGGAGGAGCUGGACAUCGACCUGAAGGACAUCUAUUACAAGAUCAGAUGUGUGUUGAUGCCGAUGCCGUCACUGGGUUAUAACCGUCAGGUGGUCAGAGACAACCCGGACUUCUGGGGCCCUCUGGCCAUGGUGCUGCUCUUCUCCAUGAUCUCCAUCUACGGCCAGUUCAGGGUCGUGUCUUGGAUCAUCACCAUCUGGAUAUUUGGAUCACUAACAAUCUUCCUGCUGGCUCGUGUUCUGGGCGGUGAGGUUUCCUUCGGACAGGUUCUUGGUGUGAUUGGAUAUUCCCUUCUUCCUCUCAUCGUUAUAGCCCCUCUGCUCUUAGUGAUCGGAGGGUUUGAGGUGGUUUCAACGCUAGUCAAACUGUUCGGCGUGUUCUGGGCUGCUUACAGCGCCGCGUCGCUGCUCGUCGGGGAUGAAUUUAAAACGAAGAAGCCCCUCCUCAUAUAUCCCAUAUUCCUUUUGUAUAUUUACUUCCUGUCACUAUAUACUGGUGUGUGACUGGUGGAGUGGAAACCGCGGACCUUUUCAUGGACAGUGACCCUGGAGCGUGGGGGUAAAAGAGUCAAACUAUGGACCCAGGAUUUUUUAAAAAGGUGUUUAUUUCUUUUUUAACUCUGUUAAACUCUAGAUGCUGGGGAUGUCGGGAAUAUAUAUCAGUGUAUAUAGUUUUGUCCCUCAUGUCAUGGUCAAUAAAAUACUAACUGCUUUUACAGCUUAAAGCUUUCAGUAUGCAGACUUGUUUACAGAUGCAAUACAGUUCCCAUAGUGCUGCAUUUCCUUGUAGAUGAUUAAGUUUGAAAUAAUCACAGGGUUAUUUAUUUAAUGAUUUUUGUCUUCUCUUUAUCCCUUUGAAAAAUGUGUUGCCAAAUAUUAGUGUGUACAUGUUCAAGGAAUAAUCCGAGCGCACAGACAGCACCACACAGAAGGAAGGAGCGUUAUGUUCUCCAUUGAUAUGCAUUGUAAUGUACUACCAGAGGUGUCCAUUCAUGCUUUAUUGUUUUCUGCAGACUUGUUUUCUUAAUUUAUGGAGCAGCAGAAGUACGUCAACUGGGCAGAUUAGUGAUAUAAACCAUGAUCUCUGAAAUGUGGUGCCUUGUUUCCCCUCCUCUGUGUCCUGUUUUUGACUGUUUCAUUCAGGAGUAUAAUCAUUUGAUCCAUACCUUCAGUAAAUCAAAAGUUCUUUGUCACUUCAUCUGGUAUUUCAUGACUGAUUCUUGCAGUACACGUGGUUAUAACACAGCUUGUCACAGUAAUAUAUUAAACAUUUUGUAUAAUG